GAACAACAAAUAAAAGCGAUAGCGAUAGAACCCGUCACUUUUAACUGCGUGAUGUAAUGUAAAAGAAAAUGCUAUAUUAGCUCCGUGUAGCUAUUCAGUGUGUCAAACAAAAUCAUUUGAUUUACAGCAACCUUGAAUUUCAAGAACUGCUCUGCUUGAACAUUUACAUGAAUUACUCAACAAGAGCCACAGCUGGAAUUAGUUUUGUUUGUUUAUUUGUUUGUUUGUUUGUUUGUUUUUUUGUUAAUUUCUUUACUACGGCCUGUCACAAUGAUGCGUUAGAAGUUGCUAAAGCACAGCGUUGUGCUCAGUUCCUGGUUGGGUUGCGCCCGGAAGUCAAUCCACGUGAUCUACGUAAGCGUCACAUAUCCCUCCUCUUCUCUGCUUCCUUGACACGAGUCGCUCUACAAUGGAAACACAAGUUUUCGUAAAAACAGCUGUGAGAUGGACACAUACAGGAAGAGUUGGAGAGACAGAGAUGUGUUGCUGUUCACCACAGUUCACACACACCCACUGGAAGAGGAGCCUCCCCCUGCUCUGCGGUGACUAUUGGACUUUGCAGUAAACCAUUAACCACAUCAAUCUGCGGACACCUUCAAUAACAUUCGCAGUCGGACAAACAGCAAGAGAUGAAAAGAACAGCCAAGGUCAUCGCUCAAGCAUGAUCACCAGCAGUCAGUCUUUGGCCUACGCUAUCAGUAAGUUCAUCAGUGGCGUGCUGUCGGACCAGAUCAGCGCCCGCUGGCUCUUCUCCAUUGGCCUGUGCAUGGUGGGAGCCAUCAACGUGGUCUUCUCCUGGUCCUCCACUGUGGCUGUCUUCUCUGCCCUCUGGUUUGUCAACGGUCUUGGCCAGGGCCUCGGCUGGCCUCCCUGCGGCAGGGUGCUGCGCAAGUGGUUCGAGCCCUCCCAGUUCGGGACGUGGUGGGCGAUUCUCUCCUGCAGCAUGAAUCUGGCUGGCAGCUCAGGCCCCAUUAUUGCCACGGUGCUGGCCCAGACUUACAGUUGGAGGACGAUACUGUCAGUAUCAGGAGUGAGCUGCGUGGCGUUCUCCACUGUCUGUCUGCUGCUCAUCAAGAAUGAGCCGAAGGACGUGGGACUGCCCAACAUUGAGGCAGCAGCCAAGAAGAGCAAAGGAGGAUCCUCCAGCAAUGAGAGCACCCUGUCCGAGUUCCUGCUGUCACCCUACCUGUGGCUGCUGUCGGGGUCCUACAUGGUGGUGUUCGGUGUGAAGACGGUCUGCACAGACUGGGGCCAGCUGUUCCUCAUUCAGGACAAGGGCCAGUCUACUCUUGUUGGUAGCUCAUACAUGAGUGCCCUGGAAGUUGGAGGCUUGUUGGGCAGCCUCGCAGCAGGUUUCCUCUCUGACAAGGCUGUGGCCAAACAAGGCAUGAGAGUCUAUGGCAAUCCUCGCCAUUUCUGCCUGAUCUGCAUGAUGGCGGGAAUGUAUGCAUCCAUGUGGCUGUUCAGAGUCACUGUCACUCCCGACAGCUCACAGGUGUGGAUACUCAGCCUGGGUGCUGCUUUUGGCUUCUCCUCUUACGGACCAAUAGCGCUGUUUGGAGUUAUAGCCAACGAGAGUGCCCCGUCCAACUACUGCGGGACAUCACAUGCCAUUGCUGCCCUGAUGGCCAAUGUUGGUGGCUUCCUGUCUGGACUACCCUUCAGCACCAUUGCCAAGCACUAUGGCUGGGAGAUGGCCUUCUGGGUGGCAGAGAUCACCUGUGGCAUCACCACUAUUGGGUUCAUCCUGCUGCGCAACAUCCGAACAAAGAUGGGUCACGUGUCCAAGAAGGCAGACUAAAACAUUACAGCUCAUCAAAGCAAGAUACUUUGAGCCAUCAUUGUGUUUUCAUAUUUUUCAUACUUGAUUAUCUUUUUUUUUUUAUACAAUUUUUUUCUCCGCUUCGGUCUUACAGGACAUACAAAUAAAUAGAAGCUCUGAAGAGUGCAGUGCUUACUCUUCAAUAACCUGUUUGAAAAGGUUCAAGGUGCUUUUUUACAAACAUAACUUACAGUCUGUAAACAUUACAUCUAUAACUCAAGAAGAGAAUGUGAAUGACUGCAUUUUGUGAGUUACACAGAGAAAUGUGUCAAAAACAGAACAGGAGAAAGGCUUUUCUCUUUAAAAGCCGCUGAAAUAUUUCAGUGAGAAAACUAGAACCUGUCUGGAAGAUUGAUAUACUGAACAAUAUGUGCUUAAACAAAACAACUUUGUAAUGUUGAAUUCAUGAAUGGAAUCACAAUACUGACAGGAUGCUCUUUUUUGUAGAAAGUUUGUGUGGUUUCCAUUAUGAGAACUGUCAAAGGCUUAAAUAAACAAUACGUUGUUGUUAA